CACAGCUCGGACUGCAUGGUGAUGCUGUGACCAAGCUGGAGAUGGACCUGACCUGUGCCAUCUGCCUGGACACUCACCUUGAGCUGGUGGUGCUGAGUUGUGGUCACAGGGUCUGCAGGGAUUGCAUCCAGGAGAAGCACCUGCAGGACCACUGCCCACUGUGCCAUACCCAGGCAAUGCCAGAGGAGGAAAGGCCUGAAGUGCAAUGUGAAGAGAAGGGGGAGAGCUUUGGACAGCAAGAUGGGGUGAUCCUGUGUGACUUCUGCCUUCAGGAGCCCCAGCCAGCCGUGAAGACCUGCAUGAACUGCGAGGCCUCCCUCUGCCAAGCCCACCUGAGCAAGCACAACACAAAGAGCCCUCUGAAAGAGCAUGUCCUGAUGGAGCCCUGUGAAGCUCAGGUUUUGGCUGAGAGGAGAUGCCGCCAGCAUGGCAGGCUGCUGGAGUGCUACUGUGCGACAGACUCGGUCUGUAUCUGCAUGCUGUGCUGCAUCGUCAGCUACCACAAGGACCACAAGAUCAUCACUCUGGAGGAGGCUUUUGACAAGGCACAGGGUUUUUUUACUGAAACGCUGGAAGCAGUGAAAACCCAUGAAGCUGCACUGGAUCACAGCAUAGAAAACCUGCUGAAACAAGAGGAGGAAGUAAAGAAUGAGGAGGGCCUGCGGAAGGAUCGGCUGGAGAGCCUCUUCAAAGAGAUGUGUCUGCAGCUAGGAGACAGAAAAGAAGAGGUCCUGAAAGUUCUCAGUCACAAUGAGGAGCAACAGCUUUCUUGGAUUCAGACAAAGAUGCAAAAACACAAAGAGGAGAAGGAUGCAGCCAGCCAUGAUGUACAGGAGCUGGAGGCUCUGAGAGAUCAGAAAGACCUACUUCUUUUCAUCAAGGCUUUUUCAGCAAUUCAAGCCAGGGAACGCAAGCCAGUUUCUAACUGUGUUGAUUUAAAACCAACGCCACCCAUUAUUUUGGAUAAAUUAACAACAGAUGGUACUCUAAGGCUUUUCCAGGAAUUCCUCUCGGACAUGCAGUCCUUAUUUAAAUCACCACCUGUUCGUGAAUAUCUGACGACCUCAGUGGAUAAAAAAGGCACAUAUGCUUUUGAGGAGAACCCAUUCCCUGUGUCCCCACGGCGCCUACCCGGAGUUUACAAAGUGGGUGCAUUAACAGCCACUACCCCCCAACUCAAGAGCAAUGAGAGCUUCUCAGAAGGCUGUCACUUCUGGGAGGUAGACACUAGCAACAUGAGACACUGGCUACUUGGAAUUGGUUGUUCCAGGUUUGACUGCUAUCUGGAAGCAACUUCUCAUAACCUCUGUCUGUUCCUAGAUAAAACACUGAUCACGGGAAAGCACUAUCCUGAAGCCCUUAAAGUGAUCAGGGUAGAGGUAGACUGUGGAAGAAACAGGCUGUCAUUUUAUAAGGUGUCUGUCAAGGAUGGAAAUACUACUGCCAGCCUCCAUCUUCUAGAGGCAGUAACCAUCCCUUUCAGCUACCCUGUCCAUGCUAUCUUCAAGAUAUUUGAAGGCUCUCUGAAGCUCCUAUAGUGAUGUGGGGACAAGCUGCUGUUUUGUAUUUCCAGGCGAUCUAUCAGGACUGCUGCUGUGCUGUGCUACGCUAAGCUGGCAUGUUGGAAACUGGAACUGGGGCUGCUGUGAUGGCUUUAUCUCUGUGAGGGCAAGGCCUCUGUGGGGUGUAUCACAGCACACAGCUGCUCACCACAAGAACUCUUAUCUUCUGUUAGUCAUGAUGGAAAAGAUGUUAUGUUGUUUUUUUGCUCAGCUGUACCAAAUUCUGUGUUGGCUGCAUGCUAUUACAUCUAGUUUGCAAAGCUGAACAGCAGUUCAGUUCAUAAAGAAGUUGAACUGCAACAGAACUAAGCAGCAGUCAUGCUGAUCUUUAAUGCAUAACUGAAGCCAUCCCCUGCAGAAGCAAAGCUGGGCUGGGAGGCAAGUAGAGACUAGGUGGUGGGACGUCUGGUUCCCCUUCUCUCUGCUGCUGACAUCCGCUGUGAGGUCUCUGAUAGAUCAUUUACCAACUUUUGGCAUGAAUUUUGGGUUUUCUUUUCACCUGUGCAAAAAUCUCACAGCAAAGGCAACAAUAAAGCAGAAAACUCUG